UCUCACAAACAAUUCCCACUAAAUUAAAUCAAAAUACUCUCAUUCUCUCUAUCCCUCUCUCUCUCCCCUCUUUCUCCAAACACACACGCAUACAUACACAGAGUUUCCUUGUAAUUUCUCAUUAAUGGCCGUCGACUCGAUCCUUUCGUCCCCACUGGGCCCUCCGGCCUGCGAGAAAGACGCCAAAGCCCUUCAGUUCAUCGAGGAAAUGACCCGCAACGCCGAUUCGGUCCAGGAAAACGUCCUGGCCCAAAUCCUGGCCCGAAACGCCCACACUGAGUACUUAUCGGGCUUCAACCUCAACGGAGCCACCGACCGCGCGACCUUCAAGUCCAAAAUCCCCAUGGUCACCUACGAGGACCUCCAGCCGUUGAUCCAGCGAAUCGCCGACGGCGACCGAUCCCCAAUUUUAUCGGCCCACCCAGUUUCUGAAUUUCUCACCAGCUCUGGAACUUCCGCCGGCGAAAGAAAACUCAUGCCCACGAUUAAAGAAGAAUUGGACCGCCGCCAGCUGCUCUACAGCCUUCUCAUGCCUGUCAUGAACUUAUAUGUGAAGGGGCUGGACAAAGGCAAGGGCCUCUACUUCCUGUUCAUCAAAUCCGAGACCCAAACACCCGGCGGGCUCCCGGCCCGACCCGUCCUCACUAGCUACUACAAGAGCGACCACUUCCGGGCCCGCCCCCACGACCCGUACAACGUGUACACAAGCCCGAACGAGGCCAUCCUCUGCCCCGACUCCUUCCAGAGCAUGUACACCCAGAUGCUGUGCGGGCUUUACGAGCGCGACCAAGUCCUCCGGGUCGGGGCAGUCUUCGCCUCGGGCCUCCUCCGGGCCAUCCGCUUCCUCCAGCUCAACUGGCCCCAACUCGCCACCGACAUCCGAUCCGGAUCCCUCAACCCGGACAUCACCGACCCGCCCAUCCGCGCCCACAUGACCCGAUUCAUGAAACCCGACCCGGACCUCGCCGAUUUCAUCACCCGCGAGUGCUCUCUAGACAACUGGGAACGGAUAAUCCCCCGGAUCUGGCCCAACACCAAGUACCUUGACGUCAUCGUGACAGGCGCCAUGGCCCAAUACAUCCCAACCCUCGAUUACUACAGCGGCGGCCUUCCCAAGGCCUGCACAAUGUACGCAUCCUCCGAGUGCUAUUUCGGGCUCAACCUCAACCCAAUGUGCCGGCCCGCCGAAGUCUCCUACACAAUCAUGCCAAACAUGGCCUACUUCGAAUUCCUCCCCCAUACCACCGAGCCGGCCCAAACCGACCCGGCCUGUCUCGUCGACCUCGCCGAUGUCGAGGUCGGCAAGGAAUACGAGCUCGUGAUCACCACCUACGCGGGGCUCUACCGCUACCGAGUUGGAGACAUCCUCCGAGUCACCGGCUUCCACAACUCGGCCCCCCAAUUCCAGUUCGUGAGGCGAAAGAACGUCCUACUCAGCAUCGACUCAGACAAGACUGACGAGGCCGAACUACAAACUGCAGUCGAGAGCGCUUCAAAGAUGCUACAAAAGUUCAACAUGGCGGUUGUCGAGUACACGAGCUGCGCAGACACGAGCACUAUCCCGGGACACUACGUGAUAUACUGGGAGCUGCUGGCGAGGGACCCGGUCAACUCGCCGAGUCGGGAGGUGCUGGACGGGUGUUGUUUGGCGAUGGAGGAGUCGCUCAACUCGGUGUACAGGCAGUGCCGGGUGGCGGAUAACUCGAUUGGCCCGCUAGAGAUUCGAGUCGUGAGGAGCGGGACUUUUGAGGAGCUAAUGGACUAUGCUAUCUCGAGAGGGGCCUCGAUUAAUCAGUAUAAGGCGCCGAGGUGCGUGAGCUAUUCGCCUAUUAUGGAGUUGCUCGACUCGCGGGUCGUUUCGUCACAUUUUAGCCCGUCGUUGCCGCAUUGGACGCCGGAGAGAAGGAGGUGAAGGAAAAAUUAAAUUGAAAGGGUGGGAAAAAAAAAGACUAAGUAAAAUUAAAUAUGUAUUAGUGAAAUUGUCAAUGUGGGGAGAUUCCUUGGCUUUAUUUUUUGUUUUUUUUUUUACCUUUUGUUUAUUUUGGGUGUGUGUUGGUUUUGUAAUUUGGAUUAGGUGUGUAAAGUACGUGUGAGAAGUUAGGUGUUGUGUGGUGUGUGGGUUGGGUUAAGCUGUGAAAAGGACUGUGAUGAUAUGUUGAAUGAGUUUGAAGUUGGAUUAGGUUUGUGAGGUUAAAGUAACUGAUUGCUAGUGAUGUUAUUGAGAUGAAGUAAUUAUCAGUGGUUUGACGAAUUUUGGUGGUGUUUUAAUGUCGACGUAACUUAACGAGUGGUUCUUGGGGAAGAAUUCGGAGUUUUUUCGGCUGUGUUAGGCAGCAGGAAAUGAUCAGACGGGGCCAAAAGGUGUCUAUAUAAUAAUCCUCAUCCUCAUCUUAUAAAAGUCAAAUAAAACAAAAUUUU